GCGUCUUAUCCAAUCAGUUUCAAGGGACGGUUUGAGGAAACGGCCAUUGUGAGUGGCAUGACGAGGAAGAAGAAAGGUCUUGAAAGAGUGGAAGACUCGGGCGAUGGUCCUACAAUAAUCAAUUUACAUUUAUUUGUUUUUUUAUCUGUUGCUUUCGCCUUUGCUAUACUAUUAUCGGAUAGCUGAGGAAACUGGAAUACGUAGAUAACUGCUUAAGAGCCCCUCGUUGCUGUGCACCUGAUGUCGGCCCAAGCGUCCGCAGGAAGUGUGGCGUCGGAAGCCCUUCCUGGGUCGCCGUCCCCCGGGGGCGAGCGGGAGGAGAAGGGGGCGCGGGGCUUGGCGGGGAGCAGGUAUGUGAAGCUGAACGUGGGGGGCUCGCUCCACUACACCACCGUCCAGACCCUCAGCAAGGAGGACGGCCUCCUCCGGAGCAUGUGCAGCGGAGCGGUGGAGGUUACCAUAGACUCUGAAGGCUGGGUUCUGCUGGACCGGUGCGGGAGGCAUUUCGGACUGGUGCUGAAUUUCCUGCGCGACGGGUCGGUGCCGCUCCCGGAGGCUCACAGGGAGCUGGAGGAGGUUCUGAAAGAGGCCCAGUUCUACAGGGUCCAGGGCCUGGUUGAGCACUGCCUCAGCGCACUCAAGAAACGGUCGGACGGGAGCGAGGGGGCCUGCAGGAUACCCAUGAUCACCUCGGCCAAGGAGGAGCAGAGGAUGAUCGCCUCGUGCAGAAAGCCUGUGGUGAAGCUACAAAACAACAGAGGGAACAACAAAUACUCUUACACCAGUAACUCUGACGACAACCUGCUAAAGAACAUCGAGCUGUUCGACAAGCUGGGCCUGCGCUUCAACGGCAGGGUGCUGUUCGUGAAGGAUGUGCUGGGGGAUGAGAUCUGCUGCUGGUCGUUCUACGGGGAGGGCAGGAAGAUCGCAGAGGUGUGCUGCACCUCCAUCGUCUAUGCCACCGAGAAGAAGCAGACUAAGGUGGAGUUCCCAGAGGCUCGAAUCUUCGAAGAGACCCUCAACAUUCUCAUCUAUGAAAAUGGGCGUGGCUCAGGGCCGGGGGGCGUGGCCCUCUUGGAGUCGGGCGUGGGCUCCUCAGGCGCCGGCCAAUCGGAGGAGGAGGGCGCCGGGGUAGGGGGCGGGGAGCGCAGGGUUCGGCGGAUUCACGUGCGGAGGCACAUCAUGCACGACGAGAGGGGGCACGGGCAGCAGACCGUGUACAAGGACUGA